AUGAAACCAUUCCAACAACCACGUCUGCUCGUGACAGCACUCACGUUCAUUCUGUGUCUGUCAACGGUCACAGCGGCGCCCCAUCCCAAAGUUUCCCUCUCCUGGACCCUCACCCCAACCAACAGCACCCAGCAAUUCCGAGGCCUAUCGCCCGUCUCCAAGAAAGUCAUCUGGGUAUCCGGUACAAACGGCACUGUCCUACGCACCACCAACGGAGGCUCAAAAUGGACAAACGUCUCUCCCACCUUCCCCUCGGAAAACUCAACAGCCUUUCAAUUUCGGGACAUCCACGCAUGGUCUGAGAAAGUGGCUGUGGUGCUCUCCAUUGGCAAUGGCAACGCCUCGAGAAUUUACCGAACGCAUGAUGGCGGCGAGUCAUGGGCACGCACGUUUGUCAACGAGGAACAGGCAGCGUUUUACGAUUGCAUGGCUUUUGAGCAGGAGAAAGGGAGAGAGGGACAUGGAGUUGCGAUGAGUGAUCCUGUCGACGGACGGUUUCGACUGCUUGAGACGUGGGAUGGUGGACUGCAUUGGCGCAUCUUAUCCACGAAUGGUACUAUGCCGCCCGCGCUCGCUGGAGAGGCUGGCUUCGCUGCGUCGGGGACUUGUAUCGAGGCUGCAGCAGGACGGUGGUACAUAGCCACGGGCGGCGUGAAUCCAGGACGCAUUUUCCGCAGCGCAGGUAUCGAGCGUGGGUGGAGCGUAGCGAAUAGCUCCAUUGCUGGAGGGGCAGCUGCCGGAGUCUUUUCUGUACGAUUUCGGGAUUCCAAACACGGCAUUGCGGUUGGAGGUGACUUUGAGAAACCGACGGCUAACGUCGAUAUUGCAUCGUGGUCGCGGGAUGGCGGCGUGUCGUGGAACAAGGCAGAAUCUUUUCCGGGGGGUUAUCGCUCUGGUUUGUCUUGGGUUCCGGGAAGGCGAGAUGUUGCUGUUUCGGUGGGAACGUCCGGAUCGGAUAUCACACUUGAUCGAGGGAGAAACUGGGCCAGAAUUGAUAACGGAACAUUUGAUGCCGUCGAGUGUAUUAGCAAAGACCAAUGUUGGGCUUCUGGGUCAAAGGGUCGAGUUGCUCGCUUGGAGCUGCAUAAGUUGUAG